AUCAUACACAGCUGUGUAUCAAGCUGAAACUGAAAUGAGGAAGGUGAGUUGGGGAACCACAGAAACAGAGCCAUAAAGCAGAAGCAAGCAUUAAAUGUCAUGCACAUAGCAUCAACAGACCCACAUGACAGGAAGUUAGCGCUGCCUGCAUUUUGGCCACAUAUCUUGGAUGCAACCGGCAAGAUGUAGUUAUUCACCAGAAAGAAUCAGCUGAAGUUUUCAUCUGGUGUUUAAUAAAGGAGCCAUGGCAUCUAUGACCUUCACACGAGGAAAUAGCCAUAUCACCAUCUCCCAUCCUUUUAAUGGCUUGGAUCCUAAAGGGCUCUUACUAAUAUUUCUGGGGCUUGCAGUGUUCAUGUCAUCUUGCCUUGCAGCAGUCUCUUUCUACUAUGUUACAGCAUUAAAAUCAGAACUAGCAAUGCUGAGCAGCAAGCUGAACUGCAGGGUCCAGACAAGGACAGCAUUUCCACAGCUCUUGAGGUCUUUGAAAAAGAGCAAAGAGGCCAAUUCCUUCAUUCCCUACUUGAAUGUAUUAGAAGGUGCUUCUAGUCAGCAAAUUUCUUCUGGACCACAUCAGAGUAGUGAAGAGAUAAUGUGGAGUGGAGACAAACACAGGGGGAAAAGGUCUCCCCCGCACGCAGGAGAAGCAGUUCUACAGUCAUGUCUUCAGUUGAUGGCUGACAGCAAGCGUGACAUUCAGCAACAUGAUGGUUCAAGUAUAGUUCCAUGGCUUCUUAGCUUUAAAAGAGGAAAUGCUCUGGAAGAGCAAGGAAACAAAAUCCUUGUCAGAGAAACUGGCUACUUUUUCAUAUACGGCCAGGUUUUGUAUACAGAUGAAAUGUUUGCAAUGGGACAUUGGAUCCAGAGGAAAAAAGCUCAUGUAGUUGGUGAUGAUCUCAGUUUGGUUACAUUAUUUCGUUGCAUCCAAAACAUGCCUCCCACUAAUCCUAACAACUCUUGUUAUACUGCUGGUAUUGCAAAAUUAGAAGAAGGGGAUGAGCUUCAGCUCACCAUUCCACGGAUAGGAGCCAAGAUAGUCUUGAAUGGAGAUGCCACCUUUUUUGGUGCAGUCAGACUUCUGUGAAGCUCUUCAUUGUACAAAGGGUUGGAUCUGUUGUGUGUUUCAUUUUUAGCUAGUUGGUUUAUGGAGUACUAUUUUCUGUUUCAUUAACUUACUGAAAACAGGAAGCUGAAUGGAUGUGGUACCCCCACCUCAUGUGGGUUACCAGAAAUGAAACUUGUAAGGAGGAUAUAAAUAUAGCAUUUGUUGCAUAAGUGCCUAAAUAGAGCAGUCUUUGAGUCAGACCAACAUCUGAUCUGUGUUUGAUUACUUUAGCGUUCUACUUCCUACAGUGGCUAUCUGGAAAUGCAACAGCCCUCUCUACUGUUUGUCUCCCCCAACAGCUAGUAUGGCAGGACUAACAACUUUUAAGAUCAAUUUUCUUUUGAGGAAGGAGGGGAGAUGCAUUACUAUUUCAGCAGAAUGUGCCCUGUGGAAUGACCACGCAUUAGAUGUCAAGGGAAUAAACAACUAUUUUACUUUUAGAAGACAUCUGAAGGCAGCCCUGUACUGUAUAGGGAAGUUUUUUUUAAUGUUUGAUGUUUUACUGUUUUUUUAAAUAUUUUGAGUGGAACUACCCAGAGUAGCUGGGGCAACCUGGUCAGAUGGGUGGAAUAUAAAUAAAAUUAUUAUUAUUAUUAUUAUUCCCAUAGAGUGCAAUAAAACUGAAUUGUUGCAAUAUGUCACAGAAGUACCCUUGAUACUGAAUUCCAUGCAUGUUCAUAAAUAUGUAAAAAUCAUUGCAGUGGGAUUUACAUUUCAGUAAGUGUAAAAUAUUGCAGUUUUCAAUUCAAAAGUCAAGCAAAAAUGUGUUCUUAUCAAUAAAUUAAAUGCUAACACACACAAAAAGAUAAAGGAAGAUCUCUGCAGCAUCAGACUUUAUUUCCCAUUGGCCAACAAAGUAGUGCAAAUAUCGACGGCAUUUUUCACUUACAGUCAUACCUCAGUUUAAGUACCCCUUGGUUUGAGUACUUUCAGUUUAAGUACUCUGUGGACCCGUCUGGAACGGAUUAAUCCACUUUCCAUUACUUUCAAUGGGAAAGUUCGCUUCAGGUUAAGUACAGACUUCCGGAACCAACUGUUGUGUAUUGAGUCAAAGGAUUUUAUAUCUGUAUUAUUAUUGUCUGUAUUUGCAUUAGGAUAAAGUAACUGCCUUUUGGUUCCAGAGGGUACAGCUACUAUUGGUUCAUUUAAGCUGCUGUAUUUGGAUCCUCUGUCUUAUUGGUUUCCUCCAAAAGGCAGCACUGUGAUUGCUUGAUAUUGUUCCCUCCAAAAUGUAUCCCUUCCUAGCUAGUCCCCUGUCCCUAUAAAUGUAGCUUUCCUCUCCUCAGUCUUCAGUCUUGUUCACUUUAAUAAAGAGCUGUUACUAGAGAACUGUCUCCAGCAUGUUUUGUCAAGAGAGCUGAAAUCACAAACCCCACGUCACAACAACUGGCGACGAGGAUGGGAUCCGGAAUGCUGAGGAGCGGUUAAACACAACCCUGCCUCAGAGUCCGGAUUGCAGCUGAGAACAAGACUCACUGGCCAGC